UAUAUAAGGAGCACAGAACAGCCUCUGGCCACGAGACCCCAGAUCGUCCUACAAACACUAUAAUCUGAACCUAAGGAGCUUCCUUCGCACUAAUCACUAUGAUCGCCUUUCGGAUGAUGAUUUUAGCGACGGUCGUAGCGUUGUUGAUGACUCAGGCUCAUGCCCGCCGUAGCAGUUUUGCCCCCAACUCAGUCUUCGGGAGGCAGGACAGCCUCGACGAACGUGAGGCCUACCCCGCGGAAUGCCAAGGUUCUUUCAACGUGGCGGCCUUGACAGCGGUGAAUGAUAUGUGUGUUCAAUGCGAAAACGUAACUCGGGACCACUCGACUUUAGCCAAUUGCAGGUCGAACUGCUUCACCAGCGCUACCUUCGCCAAUUGUCUGGAGUUGCUUCAUCUGCCAGAAAGUGAAAAAGAAACGUACCAAGGGCAUGUGCGGUUGCUGGGUAAGUAGUCCUACUUCGCCUGCAGUGACCAGACGCUGUCACAAGAUAUCGGAAGGCGAGGGCGUUCAGGGAGAAACUGUUUGUCAUGAACGAAGCAAUGAAUUGUGUUUCCUCUCGCCUGAAAUAAAUGUUUCAGCAAC